AUGCCUACAAUGGAAUCAUUGGAAGCUCUGGCGAACGAUGAGACGGCUAUGGUGGGGUUUCUACCACUCGCUUCCGCUUCUCAGCAGCCCUACGUCUCCGAACUCCUUUCAUUUACUCUCGAUCGCCUGCACAAGGAGCCGGAACUAUUGAGGGUGGAUGCGGAGAGAAUUCGGAGGCAGAUGCAGGAGGUGGCUGUGGGAAAUUAUCGCGCAUUCAUUGUAGCGGCCGAUGCGUUGCUCGAGAUCCGAGAGGAGGUUUCCUCUAUCGAUAAACACCUCGAAUCUCUGAUAGCUGAAAUCCCAAAGCUAACUUUUGGUUGCACUGAGUUUCUUGAGUCAGCAGAACAAAUUUUGGAGAAGAGGAAGAUGAACCAAACCUUGCUUGCCAAUAAUAGUACUUUGCUUGACUUGCUUGAAAUUCCUCAGCUUAUGGACACAUGUGUACGGAAUGGAAAUUAUGAUGAAGCUCUUGAUUUAGAAGCAUUUGUUGUAAAACUUACAACAAUGCACCCAAAAAUUCCUGUGAUUCAGGUCCUUGCUGCUGAAGUUCAACAGACCACCGAGUCUCUUCUUUCUCAGCUUCUCCACAAGCUCAGAUCAAACAUUCAGUUGCCAGAAUGCCUUCGCAUCAUUGGCUACUUGCGUCGGAUAGGCGUAUUUAGCGAGUACGAAAUGCGCCUACAGUUUUUGAGAUGCCGCGAAGCAUGGCUUACUGGAAUACUCGAUGACUUAGACCAGAGAAAUCCAUAUGAAUAUUUAAAAAGGAUGGUAAAUUGUCACAGAAUGCAUCUUUUUGAUGUCGUUAACCAAUACCGAGCCAUAUUUGCUGAUGAUACAUCAGGCAGUGAAGAAAAUCAUGAUGCUGGGCUUCUGUUCAACUGGUCCUUGCAUCAAAUUACCUCUCACCUCGAAACUCUUAAAGUCAUGCUUCCUAAGAUAAGUGAAGGAGGAUCUUUGUCAAAUAUUCUAGAUCAAUGCAUGUAUUGUGCCAUGGGUCUUGGCUGGGUUGGGUUGGAUUUUCGCAGCCUGCUUCCACCUCUAUUUGAAGAAGCAGUCCUUAAUUUAUUCUCGAAUAAUAUGAGCGCAGCUGUUGAGAAUUUUCAGUUAGUGUUGGAUUCUCAUCGUUGGGUCCCAUUACCAGCAAUUGGCUUUCCUGCCAAUAGUUUGGGUGAAGAAAAUCUGGAUGAUGUUACUCCUCCUUCUAGUCUUAUGGAGCAUCCACCUCUUGCUGUUUUUAUAAAUGGUGUAUCAGCAGCUAUGAAUGAACUACGUCCUUGUGCUCCAUUAAGUUUGAAAAAUGUGCUUGCUCAAGAGUUAGUUAAGGGACUGCAGGCUGUUUCUGAUUCUUUAUUGAGAUACAAAACAACUAGGAUGCUCAGAGACAAUGAAUCUUUACUUUUCCUUAAGCUGUGCCAAGCAUUUAUCGAAGUUGCUUUUCCGCAUUGUGUCACCUGCUUUGGUCGCUGUUACCCUGGUGGAGCUGCACUGAUUGCUGAUGCCAAGAAUUUAUUUGAUGGAAUCAAUCGCUUAUUGGCAACUUCUCCCUCAAGAACACUACCAAAGCAAGUACAUACUGUGGACUCGAAGAGCAUGUCAGAGAAUGGGAAUCUGCCUGUGGCGGAAAAUGGGGUAGUACAUUCAGAUGAACGAGCAGCGAGUGACAACAAAAAGGAAAAAGAACAAAAUAACAUCAGCCCACAAAUGAGAAGCUCAGUAACGAAUGAAGAUAAUUUGGAUCCGCAGCGUCAAGAAGUGCAGAUAUAG